AUGGCUCGAUCAAAGAGAGGGGUUAGGUUCCCCAACCGCAACGGCUCUGAUGGACGACGAUCAAGCUUCAGCAGUGAAGAUGGUUCUCCCACCAAGCUCAGAUCUCAGUCUUCGGGUCAGCUGGAGACAGUAGACGAGCAGAAGAAGCCAGCAAUUAGCGAAAAGCAAGCCGAGUACGAAAAGAAAAAGGCCAACUUCAUAACGCGCACUUUCUGGACCUUUGUCAUGUUUGCGUUGUUCUUUACCGCGCUCUUCAUGGGUCACAUUUACAUCAUCACAAUCAUCACUGCUGUCCAGAUCGUCUCCUUCAAGGAGGUUAUCGCCAUCGCCAACGUUCCCAGCCGCGCCCGCUCCCUGCGAUCUACUAAGAGUCUCAACUGGUACUGGCUGGCCACUACAAUGUACUUCCUCUACGGCGAGACUGUCAUCUACUACUUCAAGCACAUCAUUCUGGUUGACAAGGUCCUGCUACCUCUGGCCACUCACCACCGCUUCAUCAGCUUCAUCCUCUACGUAUUCGGAUUCGUCUUCUUUGUCACUUCGCUUCAAGCUGGUCACUACAAGUUCCAGUUCACCAACUUUGCUUGGACACACAUGGCUCUGUACCUCAUUGUGGUUCAGGCUCAUUUCAUCAUGAACAACGUUUUCGAGGGCAUGAUCUGGUUCUUCCUGCCCGCUGCUUUGGUUAUCACCAACGAUAUCUUCGCUUACAUUUGCGGUAUUCUCUUUGGACGUACCCAACUAAUCAAGCUCUCUCCCAAGAAGACUGUCGAGGGUUUUGUCGGCGCCUGGAUCAUGACCAUCAUUUUCGCCAUGAUCCUUUCCAGCAUCAUGAUGCGAUCCAAGUACUUCAUCUGCCCUGUCAACGACCUCGGCGCCAACAUCUUCACUGGCCUGCAGUGCGAUCCUAACCCGGCCUUCCUCCCCAAGACCUACGAGAUGCCCGACCUGUUCUUCCUCCCCGAGACUGCCAAGAACAUCUCUUUCACCAUUGCUCCCAUGCAGAUCCACUCCCUCAACCUGGCCACCUUUGCUUCGCUUAUCGCUCCCUUUGGCGGUUUCUUCGCUUCUGGACUUAAGCGCACAUUCAAGAUCAAGGAUUUCGGUGACUCCAUUCCCGGACACGGAGGCAUCACUGACCGCAUGGAUUGUCAAUUCAUCAUGGGUUUCUUCGCUUACAUGUACUUCCACACCUUUAUCGCUGUCCACAAGGUCUCCCUCGGCUCUGUUCUCGAGACCGCGAUCACCAGCCUCAACCCUGAAGAGCAGCUCGAGCUUGUCAAGGGCAUGGGUCAUUAUCUCCGAAAUCAGGGUAUCCUGACCGAUGACGCUAUUGUGUGUGUCGACAAGCUUGUGGCCGUGUAA